AUGGCUCUUCGGCGCCUCGAGUGGAUCGCAGCGGUUCUCGACAUCCUGGCUGCCGAGCAGAGCGGGUUCCGCCGUCUCCGUGCCUCUGCCGACUCCCUGGCUGACGUCGUCACGACGCUCGAGGAGGCCAAGCACCGCGGUGACGCUAGCUACCUCGUCCUCCUCGACGUCAUGAGCGCCUUCGAUCAGCUGCCGCACGCCACGAUUCUCGACGCUCUGUGUGCCAUGGGGGUCUCCGGGAGGUUGCUCGCGUAUGUGGGGGCCUUCCUCAGUGGCCGUACGAUGCGUGUGCGCGUGGGGGGAGCGCUCAGUCAGCCGCGCGCCGUCUCGACUGGUGUGCCGCAGGGCAGUGUACUGAGCCCCUUCCUCUUCAAUCUCGCGCUCGCGCGCAUCGGCGACUACAUCCCUCAGCUGCCGGAGUACGAGGUCCGUGUCGCGGUGUACGCGGACGACAUCGCGCUGUUCGCCAGUGGUCCCACCGCCAGGGGCAGUGUUGUGCGCGGGUGUGUACAGUCGGCACUCGACGCAGUCGACGAGUACGUGCGCGGCAUCGGCCUCACUCUGUCGGCGGCAAAGACCGAGGCGAUGCUCGUCCAUCCACGCUACGGGGCCCACCGAUCGGCGCCGUGUUUCUCCCUUCGCGGUGAGAGCCUCCCGUGGCGGAUGAAAGUGCGCUAUCUCGGCCUCAUCGUGGACCACCGGCUCAAGUGGCAGCCGGCAGUGGCUGCCCUGCGCAAGGGAACCAAACGGAUGGCGAGUGCCGCGCGCACCCUCUUGGCCCGCGGUCAGGGCUGCUCCCCCACCUUGGCACUGCGACUCUACAAUUCGGUGGCCUCGGCGAGAUUACUGUACGGCCUGCCGCUCGCUGACCUCAGCCCAGCGAAGUGGGAGGCACUGGACACGGAUCACCGAGCCGUUGUUCGACAACUCCUGUGCCUCCCACACACGUCACCAGUGGGCGCCACACUCGCCGAGGCUGGCGAGACCCCUAUCUCCCUGCGCGCCGUGGGUAGGGCGCUGGGCCACGUUGAGCGACUGCAUCGUUCGUCACACGGGCAGCAGCUGAUUGACAGGCUGAUUGGUUUCGGUCCCUGCCCAACUCCGGCAUGGGGCGCCGCGUCGUCGAGUUCGCCAGCCUUGAGACGGCCCGCGGUGAUCGAGGAGCAGCUCGCCGGCCGCGUGCUGGUGUACACUGACGGCUCUGUGCUCCGGGACGGCGCGGCUUCGGCGGCGUGCGUUGCCCCCGAGCUCUCAGCGCAGUUCCAGUGCCGUGUCCUGUGUGCGGUGUCGUCAACGCAUGCCGAGCUGGCCGCCAUUGACCUGGCUGCCGAGCUGCUGCUCCAGCUUCCUGUUCAGCGAGCGGCCGUCCUGACGGACUCACGAGCGGCGCUCUCCAUUCUGGCCGGAGAGGAUCACGGCCCCACGCUCGCUCGCCGGCUCCGGUGCAAGCUUGACGGCGUUUGCGAGCGGGGAUGCGACCUCGUGUUCCAGUGGGUGCCUUCUCACAUUGGCCUGCAGGGAAACGAGGAAGCAGACCGGCUCGCAAAGGAGGCCCAUUCCUCGUCGGUCCCGUUGUCGCGGUUCGUGACGCGGUUUGACGUCGCCCGCCACUCCGUGGCCGGCUAUCUGAGGACGCAGCACCCCGACCCUCGCGUCGCCGGCGGCAUUCCCCCCAGGUUGCUGCCCCCGCAGAGGCCUGAGCCGGCGAGACCGCGCUCUCAUCCUGCGACUCCGCAUCGGCUGCGCCCGGACGGCCGAAAGGUUGCACCGGCUGACGGGUGA